GUAGGCGAAACAACAAAAACAAGCGUUGGAUUUUCGGACUUGUGUUUAUCGUCUGUCCUUUCUUUCAGCGGUCUUAUCCGUUUCAUUUAUAACUUAAACUCUAACUUUUGUCAGAACAAUACCAAAUAGCUAGCCAUUUACCUAUUAUUAUUCUUUUGAGAAUAUCCGCAAGACUAGUGGCGAAAAUUGUAGAUCUCUGUUUGCUCCAUUGAAAAUGGCUUGUAGUAAUAACCUCACCCUUCGGCCCCUGCAUUAAAGUUCUCGCACCCGGCCAAAUGAUUCGCUGCCCCUUUUAAAAUAUCUGGACUGUCAGGAAACUAAAACCUAAAUAUGGCGGUCCAUGGAACAACACCUAAGCGUAAAGAGAUUUACAAGUAUGAAGCUCCAUGGCCACUCUACAGUAUGAAUUGGUCAGUGCGUCCAGACAAACGCUACAGGCUUGCUCUUGGUAGCUUUGUAGAAGAAUAUAAUAACAAAGUUCAAAUUGUGUCUCUUGAUGAGGAUACUUCAGAUAUUAGUGCGAAAAGCACUUUUGAUCAUCCCUACCCCACUACAAAGAUUAUGUGGAUUCCAGAUAGUAAAGGUGUAUUUACUGAUCUAUUAGCAACCAGUGGUGACUACCUAAGGGUAUGGCGGGCAGGGGAGCCAGAGACUCGCCUAGAAUGUGUUCUGAAUAAUAACAAGAACUCAGAUUUUUGUGCUCCCCUUACUUCAUUUGAUUGGAAUGAAGUAGACCCAAAUUUAAUAGGAACUUCCAGUAUUGAUACCACGUGUACAAUAUGGGGUCUGGAGACUGGGCAGAUGGUUGGAAGAGUUCAGAUGGUAACGGGUCAUGUGAAAACGCAACUAAUUGCCCAUGAUAAGGAGGUGUAUGAUAUUGCAUUCAGUCGAGCUGGAGGUGGAAGAGAUAUGUUUGCCUCUGUUGGUGCUGAUGGUUCUGUGAGAAUGUUUGAUUUGAGGCAUUUGGAGCACUCCACAAUCAUAUAUGAGGAUCCUGCUCAUACACCAUUGCUGCGUCUCGCAUGGAACAAACAAGACCCAAACUAUCUAGCUACUGUUGCCAUGGAUGCUUGUGAGGUCAUUAUCCUUGAUGUGCGUGUACCGUGUACUCCAGUCGCUCGCUUAAACAACCAUCGUGCCUGUGUAAAUGGUAUUGCCUGGGCCCCACAUUCAUCCUGUCACAUUUGUACUGCUGGUGAUGAUCAUCAAGCACUUAUUUGGGACAUUCAACAAAUGCCAAGAGCUAUUGAAGAUCCUAUUCUUGCUUACACUGCUGCUGAAGGUGAAAUAAAUCAAAUCCAAUGGGGAGCUACACAACCAGAUUGGAUUGCAAUUUGUUACAACAAAGCUCUGGAAAUUUUGAGAGUGUAGAAUUGCAAAAGAUUUAGUUGUUUGGUUUUUAUUUUCUAUUUUUAUUUAGCUAACAUUGAUGUGUGAACUGGGAUUGAAAUCCGAUUUUGCAAGAAGUACUCAUUCUGCAGUCAUUCUACUCUUCUUACCAUUGCCUUAGAGAUUUUCAAGACUUACUAGUGUAUCUCUAAUUACUGAAACUUCAAUUAGAAAUGCCACUGACUCAGAAUUCUUACAAUUUUGUUUUACUUAUUAUUUUCAAGUUGGUAUGUAGCAGAAAUAUUUUAAUUCACAUCCAAUGCUCAGAAAUGACCAUUCAUACUCCUCUCCUGGAACAUCAUCUAAAGAAUUGAUUUGUCUCUUGUUUCUUGUUUUAUGCUCUCAACUAUUUUUAUUCUAUUUUCAUUUGUUGUAUGGUUAUGUGAAUUUUAUCCGGCUAAUGUUGAUUGACAUCAAUUGCCUGAAUUCAGCAGAGACGAGCUAAAGUGAACUUUAGCCAGAGGGCUGCUGCUAAUUUUAAAGAGGUCAGCAUAGUGGACUUUAACUGUAACAUACAUUAUUUUGCCGAUGACUUUUAUUAAUUCUGCUGAAAGGUUUCCCUUUAUUCUAUAAAGCUCAUGUUGUUGUUUUCAUACAUUUUUAAUUGUAUAUCUUGACUUGUUACCUGUUAAAACAACUUCCUAGCCAUCUUUUUUCCUCUUUUUUCUGACUGAAAAGCAAGCAGACUCUUUAUGUACAUUGUGUUCCCGUUUAUUUGUGAUGUUUUCAAUUUUUUUUUUUGUAUAUACUGUAUUUGUGUAAGUGGACUCUGCCUAAAGCAUUGAAAUGGAAAAGUUUUAACUUAAAGUGUGUAUAUUUUCUUCAUUGUCCAAAACGUAUGUAAUCUCAAUCUCCUAUGCUGAUGAUGAGUCUGUAUUAUUUAUUGGUGUAUAUUUAUGUUCUACAGUAUCUGAUUUUUUUAAAUAUAGAUAUUUUUUUUCUUUGUAAGAUAUUUUCCAGAUGACCCUGUAACUACACAAUUUCAUAUUGUGGAAAAACUUGUGACAGUGUGGAGACUCAACAGUGUGAAGUGUUCCUCCCUCUUAAUAAGUAAAGAUGUCCUCUACUUAUUUAGUCGCUCACUUAGCAUCCUUUAAUUUUCUUUUUGUUCGACUGUCUGAUCUAGUUUAUUCCAUUUGCCUAAGCCGCUGAAAUUGUCUAGUAUCUUAACUGAAUGUUAAGUCUUGACAGCGCCUAAACUGCUUUUUGUCAAAGAGGUCCAAACUUCUGUUUCACUGUUGAAAUACUAUUUCAUUUUCUUUUUCUCUUCCCUCUUUCUUCAUUUGAAAUAAAAUCUUUUGUCAUGUUGAUAAUGAGUAUUGUGGAUACUUUCUAAAUUUAAAAUGUUGUUUUAACUUUAACAUCACAUAGUAUGCUGUAAGAUAACUUGCUAAGUGCGCGUAAGUCUGUUUUGAUUUUCCCCAUAAUUAUUUUGUAUAAACUUCUAAAAGGUCAUAUUAACUCAUUGUUCAGGACAUUCCUAUUGGAAAUUGUUUUUUGUGUGUGUGUGUGUGUGGAUCGGAAAUGCGCAGCUUUACACUACUUUGAGCAGUCCAGCAGUCCACUCAACUUCCAGAAUUUGUUCUUUGGUUCUUAAGUAUCUUAUAUCUUCAAUUUUCAUUGUUCAUUCAAUGUUUCAAUGUCUACCGUCUUUACCGUGUUUCCUGAUACCUGAUCAAUAUAAAUUCCAGAAAAUAUACACUGCACAAAUAAAUUUUCAUUCAAUGAGAUUA